AUGACCAAACAAACAACCAUCAUCAGUGACUCCAACAACAACACUGCUCCUCCUCCUCCUCCUCCUCCUCCUUCUCCUCCUUCUCCUCAUGUUGUUCUAGUUCCAUUAAUGGCACAAGGACACAUAAUCCCCAUGCUUGACAUGGCACGGCUGCUGGCCGAACGUGGCACCCGCGUCACCUUCAUCACAACCCCCAGUGAACGCGUCGCGCAUAAAACCCAUCAUAGUCCGAGUGCACGACUCACUCCAACUUCUCGCCCUCCCUCUCGAGCAACGCCUCAAAAAAAUCUCGUCCCCCGCCCCACCUGCAUGAUCAACGACAUGUUCAACCCGUGGACGGCUAACGUCGCACGUUCACUCAACAUUCGUCGCCUCGUCUUUCAUGGCCCUUCUUGCAUUCACAUCUAUUGUAGUCAUGUUUUUCAUCUGCAUAAGAUUUAUGAGACCGUUACUGAUGAGUUUGAAGAAAUUGCUGUGCCUGGUUGGUUCACCUCGCCGGGUUAUGAGAAGUUACGUGAGGAGGUUUUACAUGCAGAGGAGACGGCUGAUGGGGUGGUCAUCAACACUUUCGAUGAUGUCGAGCCUAUGUUUGUGGAGGCUUAUAAGAAGGAUGAUGAUUUUAGUGCUAGGAUUGUGAGAGGGAACAAGGCUGCAGUGGAUCAAGAGAAGUUGUUAUGUUGGCUUGAUUCUAUGGAGGAAAAUUCUGUGCUUUAUGUCAGUUUUGGGAGUUUGAUUCGGAUGAAUGUCGGGCAGAUAUUGGAGAUUGGGUCAGGACUUGAGGCUUCUGAAUCAUUGUGGAUGGAACUCAACGUUGAGGCAGCGUCAAAUGGUGUGCCAAUGAUCACUUGGCCGCAGUUUGGAGACCAGUUCUUGAAUGAGAGGUUGGUUGUGGAGUUCCUGAGGAUUGGGAUUGCUAUUGGAGUGAAGAAACCAGUGUUUAAUUAUGGUGAGGAUGAGAUUCCGGUAAGGAGGGAUGAUGUGGAGAGGGCUGUGAGGGAGUUUGAUGAAUGA